AUGCAUAACACUACAUAUACGAUCUUUUUUGACGGCAUUAUUAGUCGAUACGAUUAUUAUGUUAUUGCAACAUUUCUCCCUGUCUCAUGGACAUUAUUAUCGCUGUGUGGAAUAGUUUGUAACGUCAUCAACAUCAUAACCUUUGUGGCUAUGGGACUCAAUGAUGGCGUCACUGUUUCUUUCCUUGCUUUAACCAUCUUUGACUUGACCUAUGUGAACGCGUCGUUUUGUAUUGGAAUCGCUUCAUGUUUCAGUCUCACUGAAAGAAUAUCCACAGUCUUGUUCCCAGUAGAGCCAUAUGGAGUAGUGGUGCUUCUUGCUAACAUUAUGAUAAUGCUUGCUGUCACAAAUGUGUUAACAACAACCUUUCUAGCAGUUGCCCGUUGUAUGUGUGUAGCCAAACCUCUACACUUUAAAAAUUACUUUACCGUGAAGAGAACUGUAUACUUCAUGUCAGGAUUUGCCAUAUUUGCCGUGACUGUCUACACUCCACUUCUUGCUAACAUGGCGAUGGUUACUAUGCUUGAUGCAAGAAUUAAUAUGUCCAGACCAACUCUGUGGAUGUCGAAAUACAGAGAACCUAUAAAGAAUGUGGUUUUUGUGAUAACAGACAUGAUCUUGCCUGUGUCUUCACAGUUCAUCGUUCUCACUUGUAUCAUUAUCAUGGCUAGCAGUCUCCGUGCCUCUUCCAGGUUCAGACAGAAGACAAAAAUACAAACGAGUGACCAAAAAAAGCUUCAGAUAACUUCUGAACUUCAAGAUAAAGGGACGGCAAAUGCCAAUAUCACAGACAAGCUCUCUGGCAAAGAGCUUCGCGUGGUUACUCAGGUCACUCUUAUCUCUGUGGUAUAUGUCGCAUGUAACACACCAAGGAUCCUUAUAAUCGCAGCUGCCCUCUUUGAGCCAGAAUUUAAACUUGGGAGACAAUUUCAUUACUUUUAUAUCAGCCUCAAUGGUUUUAGAAAACAUUUGGAAAUAAUCAACGCUUCAGUUAAUACUUUAAUUUACUUUAACUAUAAUAGCAAAUUUCGAGCAAUAAUGCUCAAAAGAAUUAAAUCAACGCAGUCGUAA